CUCAGCCAGUAAUCCUCGUGCUCACUCAGGCUUUCAGCAUCCAGUCAUCCAAUCACAGCGCGCGAUGUUUGCGCGACCUGACCAGCCAUGUUGUGGUUUUGAAUGAGGAAGAAGCGGGAGAUAAUAUUCUUCAACGAGUUUAUAUGCAAUUUAAAGUGACGUUCAGGAUAUAUAAAUGACUUUCGGAGUGACUCAAAAUGAUAACUUGUUUUUUGAUCGCGUUGGUUGCGACUUAUCGCAUUCCUGGAGGAAUUUAAACACAUUUCCAUAAAUUAGCCGUGUAGCUAACAACGUUAGCUAGCAAGACAGCAGCAAGGCUAGUAGCUAAUACUCAGCUAACUAGCUAACGGUUACCGUGUUUCUUUGGGGAGUAAAAUGUUAAAUGUGAGGUUCGUUAUCCGUCCAAAGAGCCUCAGCUAACCCGCUUCAGUCGAAUGAAGCGCAUUCGGUCUAUUUGUUUUGACAGUAUUGUCAGCUAGGUUCAACUCACGCUGCUUUCUUUAAUUAGACGAUUUGUUCUCAUACCGCGGCGUUGUUGUUCUAAAACUUUUGAGCCAUGUUGAAUAAAAUCUACGAAUGGAUGGAAACAAGUUUUGGCAAUCUCCGGAAUGGUGAACCAGCUGCGCAGCACUCGGACACACACCGGGCUCCUGGAGAUGGUCAGGCGAGGAGGAAAAGACCACUUGAAUGUUUGGAAGGUGGACAUAAUAUUGACCAGGAUGGACUGCAGAUAAAGAAAACUCGCAUGGGGGAUCUCAUUGACACAGUCAAGAUAGCAGCUGAAGGGGUCAGGACUCAUAGCUCCAGUGUGGCCACAUGGAUGAGGAACAAUGUAAGCCCCACCUUGAGAAACAUACUGCCUGCCUCCCCUGGUCCUCCACCUGGAGAUCUCCAGCAGCAACCCUCGACAUCAGCAGCUGUCUGGGCUGAGGAGCCGAUCAUGGAAAGGAACUCUCUAGACGAGGCAUUUGCAGCUCCCUCAACUCUGGAUUGGAAAACACCCAAAUCAGAAUGCCUGCGUAGUGAAAAGUUUGUUAUGGGAUCGAAAGUCUGUCGGCGACAAGCUUGUAUGAGUUCUAAACAUCGCGAAGUGCCAAAAACAAAUGGGCACCCAGUCAAUGGGCCACCGUCCAUCACCCCUGAGUUGCACCCAUCUCCACGGCUGGGCAGGCCCCUGAACCUCAGACCAUAUGGAACAUCUAGUUUCUUGGGGGGAGUGGCAAGCAGCUCCUGCACCAGCAUGUACGAGAAGACCUUUCCAAUCAAAGUGGUCCAGAGCCCAACGCAUAGCAUCGCAUCUGGUCGCAUACACAGGGCCAGGCCCCGCUGCACUGCACAAGAGUCUGUUCGGGACGAGGAGAAGGAGGUCUACAGGCAGCUUCUUACCAUGGUUUCCGGCGGUCAGUCCUCUUUCCUUCACAAUGGCAACUCGCACGCCAUCGUGAGGUCACACAGAGAUUUCACCAGCUUCCUGACCACGAGUCGCAGACUUCUGCAAGUUUCAUCUCCCUCUGGUUCGGCUGGGGAUGGAACUUCAGAAGGACUCAGUAGUCCCCCGAGUCCCAGGGUUUUGUCCAGCCAGAGCUCCAGCAACCUCCCCAGCCCACUUGGGGUCUCCACCAACAGGCCAGAGAGUCAGGCAUGGUCUCUGGACAUGGACAUCAGCUCCAGCAGAGCAGCUACUCUCACAUCAGCCCCCUCCCCGACUGCUCUGCAGGAUAACUCAUCUCAGGACACACAAUCAUCAGCUCAUGAUGGAGACUCUGUAAUUAUUGUAAAUGAACAAAAGGGUAAAAAACCAGACAGUUCAAGUGUGCAAUGUUUCCAAGCAGAGUUAUGGAUCAAAGAAUUGACGAGCAUGUAUGACUCUCGGGCGAGAGAAAGACGGAGACAGAUAGAGGAGCAGGAGGCCUUGGCUGCCCAGCUGUUGCGGCAGCGCCUGUCUGACGAGGGUCAACGCAGCCCAGAUGUUGAGGUCCAUGUUCGAGUUCCUUUGGAGAAGGAGGUUCCUUUGACUCUUGUGAUAGAAGAACCAAAGCCUGUGGAAGAGAAGCCAGAAUUCCCUGAGCUUACAGAGGAAAUUGAGGAUGAGGUGAACAUGGCACUAAGGGGAGGUAGUUCUCAUGAAGUUUUAAGCGAAGGCUUCGGUCUCAGCCUCACACGCAAAGACCUGCAGACCCUCAGCAACCUCAACUGGCUGAAUGAUGAGGUGAUCAACUUUUACAUGAACCUGUUGGUGGAGCGCAGCAAGGACCCCAACCUGCCAUCAGUCAAUACCUUCAACACUUUUUUCUACCCUAAGCUGUGCAGCAGUGGCUACUCCGCGGUCCGCCGAUGGACCAAAAAGACAGACAUCUUUUCUAAAGACAUCCUUUUGGUUCCUAUCCACUUGGGGGUGCACUGGUGCCUCUCUGUGGUGGAUUUCCGCAAAAAGAAAGUCCUUUACUUUGAUUCUAUGGGUGGAAACAACGACGAAGCAUGCAGAAUACUGUUUGAAUACCUGCAGCAGGAAAGUAAGGACAAGAAGGGUAAAGAAAUGGAUACCUCAGGCUGGACUCUGUACAGCAACAAGCGCCAUGAAAUCCCACAGCAGAUGAAUGGUAGUGACUGUGGAAUGUUCACAUGCAAAUAUGCAGAUUACAUCACCAAAGACAGGCCAAUCACAUUCACACAGAAACACAUGCCAUACUUCAGGAGAAAGAUGGUCUGGGAGAUUACGAAACGCAAGCUGUUGUGAUGUCAGCACGAGAACAUCGAACUUGUAAAGUCGACUCACAAUGUCGAGUCAUAACGAUGUAUGAGCUUCAUUCAACAGACAGUGGUCCUUUUCUUGGAUCAACUUGCACACCAGCUCAUCAGAUCAGGAACCAGCUCUUCUACUCUGCCUCUCCCCCUACACCCUCCGCUAACUGGACGGAGCCCCCAGCACUGCCUCCUGUCCCCCUACUCCACUCUGUUGUUUAUGUUGGUGCACCCAUGGAGCGUCGGUAUAGCAGUACAGACGUACAGACCAUACUCUGAGCUGCAAUUUUCUGUUUGGUGCAGACAUACAAAGUUUACAUGUUGGUGUCUCACAGGGAGAUGAGCAUUUUAUGCUGCAUAUUUUUUUAUACAGACAGGUGUACUAAAUGUAUUUGCCUUCAAUGUUUGAUACUCUAAAGAAAAAGUGACUUGAUAAUUUAUGUAUGAAUGCCAACCCACCGAAAACUGGCUUCUCUAAAAACGGGUCUCUCUGUAUCUGAACAUGAGACUUUUUCUUUCUUUUGUCUUCUAUUGUGAGGAAAUUUUAAGCAAAAGCCGGAUUAUUUUUGUAAACUAUGUGAUUAAAAUGCACAAAAGUCUUGACUAUAACAUUGCCUCAGAGUAUGAGUUCUAAUCAAAGCAGGAUGGGGUCUUUAUUUUCCACUGAGUAACCAAACAGUCUUAAUAACACCCUCAAACUGCAGGGUUUAUACAUUUUGCCAGUUCCUCCUGUUUCUUUAGUCUUGAUAAAAGAUUGUAAAUUAAGGUCCAAAGUCUAUUUUAUGUAUUUCAGAGUUCAUUUUUUUGUUCAACAGAAACUGUGGCAUAUUCGGUAUAUUUUGAAAUUUGUACAUAUAAACUUAUACAACCUCUUGAACAGUGUAAUAUACUUUUUCUUUAUGUAUUUUUAUCUAGUCGGUUUAAGAAGUAAAUUCUCAUGUAUUGUGACUGUUUUUUGUGCUAUACCUCAAAUCACCUGGUUUUGAUAUAAAACUGCCACAUUUCAUAAACAUGAGAACCUGGACGUGUGUCUUGGCUUACUUGAAAUACAUCAUCUCCUUUUUUUAGCUUUCUACACUGCAGAAAUGUAUCCUUGUGUAAUAAAAGCAAACAAACCACA